ACAAGGACCUAUUGACAGCCAAGGCUAAAGAUCAAAUGGACGAAUUUUGUUUUGGUUCAGAGAGACAGAGACAGAGGCGCGUGCGGAGGCUAGAAUCUCGUGGGAUUUGUUCACGUACAAACCUUGGACAUAGUUUGUUCACGUAAAGUGUUCACCUUCUUGACAUGCAAGCGCAGCUAACAUCGCUCGACCUUCUAACUCAAAACAAGUUUGAGCAUUCGCAGAAAUUUCAGCAAAGCACUGAAGUAGCCUGCACCUGAUUGGGAAGGAAGAAGCUGAGAGCAUCGAGAAGUUUAAGAAACUUCUCGACGUUCAAGAGUUUCGAGUUCAAGAACUUCAUCUGAACCCUCUGACGGUGAUCCUCCCUUGAGAGCGUACACGAAGCAAACAAUUCUUAUGGUGAUUACUUGCAGAUAGUAUGUCAGUUCGGCUGGAGAAAUUGUGUGGUCGACACGAAAGAGAGAUCAUGGUGGCAGUGUGUGGUCAAUGACAGGAAUCCACCAGGGGGGGGAUGGGAACUUCAGAAGUACGCGCAUAAUUGCUGAUGCGGUUGGUGGUUUGUGAGUUGCAUCGCUGUGCUAUGGCCAUGAUUGUGGUCAAGCGGUCAUGUACUCCGCCAGGAUCUCCUCACAUUUCUGAACGGCCGAUUCCUACCCGAACGAGCACGUCACGGAGGAAGCUGUUUGGCCGAAGCAUCGUUUCUGCAGUGAAGGAGGAAAAUCGGUGGCGUAGUUUAGGUGUUUCAACUGUGGAGUUGAAUUUGCCUCUCACGGUAGUCACAGGCCAGACCUUUCGAUGGCGUUCCACGGGUGCCUCUCAGUACACGGGAGUUGUGGGAUCGCAUCUGAUCUCCCUGCGGCAGUGUCGGGAGGCAAUUUCGUUUCUGGUGCACACGCCAGAUGAACAUGACAAUGCAGAGGCAGAACUGCGGGAUUACUUGAACAUGGACACCUCUUUAGAGAAGCUGUAUGCUGACUUCAAUUUGGCGGAUGUUAGGUUUGCAGCUGUGUCUCCCUAUCUCACAGGAGCCAGAUUGCUGAGGCAGAAUCCAGUGGAGUGCUUGUUUCAGUUUAUAUGCUCCUCCAAUAAUCAUAUCUCGCGCAUCUCUGGCAUGGUGGAGUUUCUUGCGAGUAAGGGUUGUCAUCUGGGUACCGUCGAGGGCCUCGAUUUUCAUGCAUUUCCAUCACUGGAGCAACUGGCCUCUUUGACAGAAGCUCAACUUCGAGAUGCUGGUUUUGGAUAUAGGGCAAAAUAUGUCGUUGGCGCAACAGAAGCUCUACUCAGCAAGGAAGGAGGAGGAGAAGAGUGGCUUCUUUCACUACGACAGCUUCCUUUGGAAGAAGUCGUGAAGUCGUUGUGUACUCUUCCUGGAGUAGGGCCGAAGGUAGCAGCAUGCAUCGCGUUGUUCUCAAUGGAUCAGCACCAUGCCAUCCCCGUCGAUACUCAUGUCUGGCAGAUUGCGGUGCGUUAUCUUUUACCAGAACUUGCGGAUCGGAGUUUGACCCUCAAAGCUCAUCAAGAGGUUCAAGAUGCAUUUGUGAAACGAUUCGGAACGUAUGCUGGUUGGGCGCACACUGUUCUUUUCAUUUCAGAGCUCUCUUCCCAGCAGAAUCUUUUGCCACAGCAUUUGCGUUCUCCUAAAAAACAAAACGUAAAAUCUAAGAGAAAGGUGAAGGCUUUAUUGCUGGAGGCUGAAAGCGGGGAUGAGCAGAAAGUGAAAUCGAAGAGGAAGGUGAAGGCCUUGUUCACAGAGAGAGUUGCUGUUGAGUGACGUGGGACGAGGUAACAUUGAAUGACCGUGCUAUGCAACCUAGCUUCUCCAAGGUUAACUGCAAGAUAUUCAAAUUUAGAUAAGUGCAUGGAGAUAUCACAUGAGAUGAUUUCAAAGCUUGAUCUCCAUAAGAGGAAGCACCGUCUCGUCAGAAGUACGUCAGCUCGAGAUUCAACAAUGACAUCGUCAUCUUUCGUCGUCAUCGGGUACUUGGUGAAUGAUGGACAACGGGAAUUUGGAAUUGCUAAUGUCGAUCAGUUGACUUCGUAUACAAAAGUUAGACAAGUGUGCCACACCUCAAAGCAUUGAUAUUUUACUUGUGUAUGUGUGUCAAUCCAUAUAUCUGUUUUUUCAAAGAUAUAACCUGAUCAACACGAUCUGUACUAGUUUGAGUGAGAGUACAGAAACUAUUGUAUCAGGUAUUAACAGGUAGAAACAACAAGUAUAGAAGACAGUCAUAGAAAGAGAGCUCUUCCAAACGUGGCAAGUGUUCUUUUAUUUGUUAACAAGAAUGCCAUUUCACUACAACAAGAAAUGCAUACGUAGAGGACAGUGAGAAGGUAUAGAAGAAAGAGGAAUAGAAGAAUUCCAGAAAGAUGACUUCUUUAUAUGAUGUUCUAUCUGUUAGUACAUGAUACAAUAGUGUCUGUAUACUAGCUCGACCCUAUAAUUAAACAGUGUAACGAACGGUGUUGAUAGAACUACACAAGACUCCUCGUGAUUACGCAUAUGCCAUCAUGGAGGGCAGAGAGUCACCAAAAAUUUUGGUUAUGAAUAUUUCGUAUUGAAAUCGAGAAUGAAUCGAAUUUCGUUUAAACAUAUUCCAUCUUUCUUAUAUUCUUCUAUUG